AUGUCGACCGUAACAGUCGAGCAGCCGUUAUCGCCGAUGAGGCGGGUGUAUACCAAUCCAUGGUUUCAGAUUCUCAUGAUCAGCUUUAUUUGUUUUUGCUGCCCUGGCAUGUAUAAUGCGCUCUCAGGUCUUGGUGGAUCCGGUCAGGUAGACCCAACAGUGGCUGCCAAUGCAACAGUCGCUCUGUUAGCUGCAACUGCAGGUACUGCACUUUUCGUUGUCGGCCCAAUUUUCGAUCGUGUCGGACCACGCGUAUGUCUUUUGAUCGGCGGAUGGACAUAUGCCUUGUAUUCUGGAAGCUUACUUAGCUUUAACCACAACCACAAUGGAGCAUUUGUCAUUGCUUCCGGUGCAAUAUUGGGUAUCGGCGCUUCGUUUUUAUGGGUAUCACAAGGUGCAAUUAUGACCACCUACGUACCCGAGAACCAGAAAGGUCGAGCUAUCGCUACUUUCUGGAUUAUUUUCAAUUUUGGUGGAGGCAUAGGCUCUUUGGCAAGCUUUGGCCUUAAUUUCAACUCCAAAAUUGGGACGGUAUCUGAUUCAACCUAUAUCGCACUUAUGGUAAUCAUGUUAGUUGGGUGGGCUGCAUGCGUUUUCAUCUGCAAUCCAUCGGCUGUCCGAAUUAAGGGUGUUGGUACUUUCGCGGAAGAAGGGUCUAACUGGCGCCAGAUAAUUCGCCUUACCCUCAGUAUAGUAGGGGACUGGCGUGUGUUCUGUAUGUUUCCGCUCUUUUUCUGUGCCAAUGUAUUCUACUCCUACCAACAGAAUGAUGUGAAUGGUUUGACCUUCAAUAUCAGAACUCGAUCACUGAACGGUGCUUUGUACUGGUUCGCUCAGAUGUUUGGCGGUCUGAUCAUGGGGUUUCUUCUCGACAUGCCCUUUUUAGGUCGUCGUUGGCGUGCUAUUCUUGGCUGGGUCACUCUUUUUACCACAGGACUCGCUAUCUGGGGCGGGGGUUAUGCUUUUCAACUGUGGUCAGACCGGCGUCAGGCGAAAGGGCUCAAGCAGGACAUUGACUACACCAAUGGCCAUCUCUCAGCUGGGCCAAUAAUUCUCUAUAUCUGCUAUGGUGCAUAUGACGCACUAUGGCAGUCAUUUUGCUACUGGUUAAUAGGUGCUCGAUCUAACUCUCCCGCUACAACGGCUAUUUUGGUGGGUGGAUACAAGACAUUCCAGUCGACUGGAGGAGCGAUGGCGUGGAGAAUAAAUGCGUUGAAAAAGUCUGCCAUGACUCAGUUUGCAAUGGAUUGGGGUCUUUGCAUGGGAUCUUUAGUUAUUGCAAUUCCGACAGUGUUGAGUAUCACCUCGACCAAUGUGGAUUCAGAGGUGGCAGGGACCGUGGUAAAGGAGGAUCAGGAGGAUGCAAAGCCUGCUAUAGCCUGA